AAUAAUUAAAGGUGCAAAGAAGAAAGUUUUAGUUCCAUAAGGGAAAAAUGGCAUCUCAUAAUCAAAUAAGUAGAAUUAUCAUUACAUUUGUUUUGAUUCCAUUGCUUAUAUUUCAAUGUCAUGUGUGUUCACAAGACAAAGUUAUCUUGUCCUUGUAUUAUGAAUCUUUGUGUCCAUAUUGUGCAGAUUUCAUUGUGAACCAAUUAGUUAAGGUUCUCCAAACAGAUCUUGGUUCAAUUGUGAAUCUUAGGCUUGUUCCUUGGGGUAAUACUCAGAUUGCACCUAACACUAGCUGGAUUUGUCAGCAUGGAACAGAUGAGUGUCAGCUAAACACAGUGGAAGCUUGUGCUAUCAAGGUUUGGUCAAAUCUGGAAACACACUUCAAGCUUAUAAGUUGCAUAGAACAAUUGCAUCUGCAAAAUAAACACUCAUCGUGGCAAUCUUGUUUUGCUUCAACUGGUUUGAACCAAAAUCCCAUCGAGAAUUGCUACAAUAAUGGACUUGGAUAUCGGCUAGAGACAGCAUAUGCAGAUGAAACAACAAAAUUGAAACCUGCUCAUAGGUUUGUACCAUGGGUGCUAGUAAAUAAUCAGCCACUUCAAGAAGAUUAUCAAAACUUUAUAGCAUACAUCUGUAAAGCUUAUAAAGGGCAUAAUAAACCACAAGCUUGCAAAACCAAAUCACUCGAAAUCAAUAAAAUUAGCGCGCAAGAUACCAAUCCUCGAGUUUGCUUUAGAUGAUAGACAAUAUAUAUGUGAAUUAUAUAAAGAGUUGCAGUGUGUUAGCGUGGAAUAAUAAGUUGUUUUCUGAGUGCACAAGUUAUAAACUUGUAAUGAGUUUUAUGUUUCUUAAGAAAUGAUGCAACAAUUGUUCAUGUAAUAAAUAGACUUUUAUUAAUAUAUGAAAGAGAGUAUUUGAGAAUU